AUGAGUGGUUGGACCGUGAUUUUCAAUUUGGUCUUGGUCAUAGUAUUAUCAGUGGUUGCUUGGUUUUUUGCACCAAAACAGGAUAGAACUGUCUGGCGUAGUAGUAUAAUAUUGUUCCUUGCCAUGGCCUACUUGAUGUGGGCUAUCACAUACUUGUGUCAGUUACAUCCUUUGGUCGUUCCUCGUCGCUCGGAUUUGCGUCCUGAAUAUGCUGAGUAG